AUGGCCGCAACCGCAGUCGCCAGCCGGCGAAGACGCAGGAGGAGACAGGACAAACCCUCCAUCCCAGCGCGGUUGGUCCUCGACGAUCACGUAAAGGGCGACGUUGGAAUACUAUCAGAUGAUUUAUUUGCUGACCUGUUCCCCCACUUGAUUCACCAAGAGAGCGACGAGAUCAAGCCGAACCAGACCGCCGAGCUCCAUCACGUCGCCAUAGCACCAUGGACACCAGAUGCGAACAUCCUGAGAACGAGCUGGACCAUUGUCCCCGUCCUAAAAUCAACCGCACUUGCGCAUUCCACCCUGCAGUUCUCCCCGUUCUCCUUGGCGCUCCAAAAUUUCGCGGCGACCCUUAAGCAAAUCGCGCCGUCCAAACUGUCGAGUCAAAGCCGGAGUGGGAUUGAGAUCCACGUUAUAGAUGUUGCUGCGCUGGAGCUGGACACAAUAUUCGUGAGCCUGGAGAGUGAUCUUGCCCGAAGGUUGGAGCAAGGGGAGGGGACAUUCUUCAGAGAACAUCCUGCCUCCAAAGAAAAGGCAAAUGCGAGAUCCGAGUCCCCUGCGGAGCAACUCGCGAAUGGAUUGCGCGCUGCAUUGGGCACGCUCAAGGUGGUGCAUGCCGGAGACCAAUUCCCACUACCAUUGCCGCCGCACCCAGUCACACAUAUUCCUCCGCCUCCCGGAAAGGUUAUGCUGUGCGAGCCAGUGGCUCAAGGUAUUCUAGGUCCGCGCACCAAGAUCAUUCUCACAAGAGGACACAGCUCAUCCAAAGCUGAUCGAGGCUCGGCCAAUUCUUCUCAGGUUUUGAAUGGAACAACGCAAGAAGAUGGUGAUGACACGGCUAACGACCAGUUUUAUUCGGCUGCCGAAGAGAGAUACAAGACGGAUGUACCCACAGAGGCGACAGAGACUGCCACUGAAACUGAGACUGAGGUGUCGGAAAUUGAAGAACAUGAAGACGAAUUAUCGGACGAUUCAAUGGACGAUAUGAUUUCAUUACAAGCGCCUCAACUCCCACCUACGACUGCGAGUGGGUUGUCUACUAUGCAGCCCGGGACGCCGAUGACACUCGGACGAGGAAGGAAAACCAAUGGUAUCAACACACCAGGGUCCGUUUUCUCAAGCUUCACAGCCACCACAGCGCGACCUGAUCGGCCAAAAGGGCGUCUCUUCAAAGCCCACGGGCUCAUGAGCCCCAUUCCUGCCGGCCUAUUGCACCCCAAACCCGGAACGGAUGAUGAUGCAGAAGCUCGCAUCUACGUGGAUAUUACUUCUCUGACUAGAAUUGGUUGUUUCUCUGGUGAUUGGGUUCGCUUGGAGGCAUCCAAAGAGCCCCCUUCCAACGGAGCAGGUCUUUUUGGACUCGGAAGCUUUGGUCAGCCAGACACGGAUCCUGUUUGGAGGCCCGCCAAGGUCUUUGGACUUCCCGAGGGUUAUUCGCAGCGCCCGAUGACGAGAAUCCCCAGUGCAAAACACCACAACGAUGGCAGGCGCUUUUCCUUCUUUGAAUCACAAGUGCCAAAGCCGUCUGGCCCUGGUGCUUACUUAUCGCCAAUGCUCCUGGCCAACCUUGAGAAUGCGCCAUACGUCAGAUUAUCCCCGCUGAAAAGACAUGCUUAUCCACCUAAACCCGGACAACCGAAAAUAACUGGUUCAUCAUUUCCCCCCUACGCUCGCGAUGUCACUCUUCAAGGCAUUCGAACUCCUCUUUCUUCGGAAAGAGCUCUGCAAACAGUCAUUGUGGGUGGUCUCAAAACUCACUUCUCACGAUGCACUCGAGUCGUUAAGACGGGAGAUCUCAUUGGUGUUCCGAUUGAUAGUCAGCUCGGAAAGGCUCUACAGGAGGCUCCUGGAGCUGGAGACGGUUCAAAUGUUGAUGAUCUGCUUGCAUUGACCAACUCAAACAGUUCUUCUGGGAAGACUACCAAACCUGACGGUGUUGCUUGGUUCAAGGUUGGCCACAUUCAACGUUCAAGGACCGAAAAUGCUGAUGAUGGGGAUGAGGAAGACGUAUGGGGUGGUGUCGUUUGUGUCGACAUUGCCUCGACUCAAAUUUCUCAGUCAGGCGCUACAACAAGCCUUGUUCCUGGGACUAAAGAGAGCAAUUGGCCUUAUUAUCUUGGAGUGGAAGAAGCACCCAAAACUGGCCCGCAAUCUUUCUUGUCUUCGGCACAAGAGACAGCAAAGUUCAUUUCACCGCUUAGACGGAGGAUGUGCGAGUUGAUGGCUGCGGCCACCAGCAAAAGGGCCAUCCAUUUAAAGAUGCCUCCAGUGGCGAUCUUGUUAGUCUCUACCCAACGAAACAUUGGAAAGUCAACGUUGGCGACGAAUGCUUGUUCCGACAUUGGAAUCCACACCUUCACUAUUGACGCCUACGACAUUGUCAACGAAGGUGGAGGCGGAGGAAGUGAUGUGAAAACCGAAGGCUUCUUGAAGGCGCGAGCUGAUCGUGCUAUGAGCUGUGGACCCGACUGCUGUGCUCUACUCAUAAGACAUCUGGAAGCUCUCACGGCUGACAGAAUGGUCACGGCAAUGAAGGAGAUCCUGAACGAGGCUAGGGUUUUGAUAGCUACAACCACGGAAGUCGACAAAGUACCUGAUGGCGUCCGGGGUCUCUUUACGCACGAACUAGAGAUGAACGCCCCCGAUGAAGGCGAGCGUGAAGGCAUCUUGAGGACUAUUGUCGAGCGCCAAGGUGUCUCACUUGCUCCAGAAGUCGACUUGAGUGGUGUCGCUCUCAAGACUGCUGCUCUUGUGGCUGGCGACUUGCUCGAUGUCGUUGAACGCGCCAUUGUAGCACGCGAUGCCAGACUAGAAGCGCUUUCGAGAAGGGCAUCGAACGGUGACUCUGUCAUCACCAUACGAGAUAUUCAAGUGGCAGGAGGACCAUCUGCACGGUCUCUCACAAAGGCAGAUUUUGAGAUUGCAGUGGACGCUGCUCGCAAGAAUUUUGCCGAUGCGAUUGGCGCGCCAAAGAUCCCCAAUGUUACCUGGGACGAUGUAGGUGGUCUGAACAACGUAAAAGAGGCAGUCAUGGAGACUAUCCAGCUGCCCUUGGAACGGCCAGAGCUCUUCGCAAAGGGAAUGAAGAAACGGUCUGGCAUCCUCUUUUACGGCCCACCCGGCACCGGAAAGACACUUCUCGCCAAAGCUAUUGCAACAGAGUACAGUCUAAACUUCUUCAGCGUCAAGGGACCAGAACUACUAAACAUGUACAUCGGAGAGUCCGAAGCCAAUGUGCGUCGGGUCUUCCAACGUGCUCGAGAUGCAAGACCUUGCGUCGUCUUCUUCGAUGAGUUGGAUUCCGUCGCUCCAAAACGAGGCAAUCAGGGAGAUAGUGGUGGCGUCAUGGAUCGUAUCGUCUCUCAGCUUCUCGCUGAGCUCGACGGCAUGUCUGGUGGUGAUGAUGGUGGAGGUGGUGUUUUUGUUAUUGGAGCUACUAAUCGACCUGACCUGCUCGACCAGGCGUUGCUGCGGCCUGGGCGAUUUGAUAAAAUGCUCUAUCUCGGAGUUUCUGAUACACAUGACAAGCAGCUCACCAUUAUGGAAGCGCUUACGCGAAAAUUCACACUCCACCCCUCUGUGUCUUUGUCGUCUGUUGCGCAACAGCUGCCGUUCACCUACACUGGUGCCGAUUUCUAUGCACUCUGCAGUGAUGCCAUGUUGAAGGCCGUGACGCGGCAGGCUACGGCCGUUGACAAAAAGAUUAAAGAAUUGAACACAAACCUACCACCAGGCAAGCCGCCGAUUUCCACAGCAAACUAUUUCGAUCACCAUGCCCAGCCCGAAGAUAUUGCCGUUAUGGUCACGGAACAAGAUUUCCUAGACGCCAAUCGGGAACUGAUCCCCUCGGUCAGCGCAGGCGAAUUACAACACUAUGAAAGGGUAAGAGCCACGUUUGAAGGAGGACGCGAUAAGAAGGAGACUGCCGCUGCCAUCAACGACGCAGCAACCAUCGAAGGCCCUAAAGCCAGCAGCGGCAAGGGCAAAGGCAAGGCGGUUGCAGCAUCCUCUGGCAAAGGGAAGGGCAAAGCCGUCGCGGGCGAAAGUGACCAGGACAGCGAUGACGAGGGGAAUGCUUAUGGAACUUAUUCGGCGGGCGGUAGUAUCAAUGGCAAGGGCAAGGGUAAAGGAAAAGCCGUCAUGAGGUUUGAACAGGGAACGGGAAGUGAUGACGAUGGAUUAUACUGA